UUGAUAAGCUAUCGAAAUUAAUUAGAAACCCUUCAAAUUAAUUCUUUAUUACUUUCUACUAGAUAGUAAAUUGAGGAGAAGAUGGGUGGUGUUGAAGCUGGAGAGGACACAAAAGAUUCAAAGACAGAGCCCAAAGGGAACAGAGGAAUUUCAUUUCUUGAUUUUAUUAUGAGAAUAUUUGCCAUUGUAGGUACCUUGGGAAGUGCAAUUGCCAUGGGGAAAACUAAUGAUACCCUUCCCUCCUUCACUGAAUUCAUCAAGUUUAAGGCUGAGUACAAGGACCUUCCCACUUUCACGUUCUUUGUGGUAGCGAAUGGCAUCGUUAGCGCAUAUUUGGCUGUAUCUCUUGUCCUAUCCAUCUUACACAUUGUCAUGAGUGGUGCAAGAAUAACCAGGGUGGUUUUGAUCUUCUUUGAUACGGUGAUGAUGGCAUUUUUGACAUCUGGAGCAUCAGCAGCAGCAGCCAUAGUAUAUUUGGCACACAAGGGAAAUGAACGUGCAAAUUGGAUUGCUAUAUGUCAGCAGUAUAACUCAUUCUGCGAUCGUGCCUCUGGCUCUUUGGUUGGAUCGUUUAUUGGAGUUCUUGUGUUUGUGCUGCUGAUUAUAUUGUCUGCUCUGGCCCUUUCAAGAAACUGAUUUCGUCCUAUAAUGAUCACUUCAUGCAGGAAGAAAGAACGUUUUCCUGUUGUUUUGUUUUUAAUACUGUGUGUUUACAUUCGAAAAAAAUUCGAUUUUUUGAGUUAUUUUCUCAUCUUAAUUCUUACAAGCUGUUAUUACAUCUGUUUGUUUUAG